AUGCACUAUUCCAAGCUCUUUCUUACUGCCCUAGCGGCAGGCACUGCAAUUGCCCAUCCGGGCCCGUACGACAUCCUCCCUCGUGCAGAGAUCCAGCGCCGCAGCGACAUGGCCAAGCGAUGCGCCAGCCAUGUUGGGCACUUCAACCAGCGUCGCAUGGCCAAGCGAGGCAUGCAGAAGCGUUGGGAGGGAUCUGGCCACAAUACUACAUUUGAGAUAACCACCGAAGCUCCCUACUACGAGACCAUCCAGAACAACACCUGCGUCCUCACCCCGGAGGUCACCCGUGGUCCCUACGUCUGGCCUCGCUCCCAGACCCUUCGUCAAGACAUGACCGAAGACCAGCCAGGUGUGCCCCUAUGGCUCGAUGUGGGAGUUUUGGACAUGGCCACCUGCGAGCCAUUGCCCAACGCCCUUCUCGACUUUUGGCACUGCAACGCAACGGGUUCCUACGCCUCGUUCACGGGUCUCUCCCCUAACACCCCCUUCGAGACACUCCUUUCUGAGCUGAACAUUACCGAUUAUGAUAUGGGAGUCACGGACCUGCACACCGACGAUACUACCUGGCUGCGUGGUAUGUGGCCGACGAACGAGGAGGGCGUUAUGGAGAUGAAGACCAUAUUCCCAGGCUUCUACGUCGAGCGUGCCAUCCACAUCCACGCCCAGGUUCAUACUGACUGGGCCGUUCGCGAAAACGGCACCAUCAUCGCCAGUAAUACCGUCAGUACUGGCCAGCUGUAUUUCGAGGAGGAGCUCGAGCAGAAGAUUAUGAGUAUGGAGCCUUAUGUGUCACACACUCAGAUUAACCGGACUACCAAUGCCGAAGACUCGGUGUACCCUGAGGAUCUCGAGGGCGGAUAUAACCCGGUUGUGUCUGUUGUUCCUGUGGAUGAGAACGAUCUGUCCCGAGGCCUGAUCGGGUAUAUCACAAUUGGUGUGGACACGACGGCGAUUGAGACGUUCAGUAAAUAG